AUGACUAUCAAGCCCCAAAUAGCUGACGAUGAUAUCGAUGCACUUGAAGCUCUUGAUACCGAGGAAAAGGAGUUCAUCAAAGAUGCAGAAAUUGAUCGCAUUUUGAAAGCCUUCCGUCUAGAUGCCUACGCAGUCCUCGACCUCCAACCCGGAGUCCCAGAAUCCGACAUCAAGAAAUGCUAUCGCGUCAAAUCCCUCAUAAUCCAUCCCGACAAAACGCGCAAUCCCCAAGCCCCCGAUGCCUUUGACCGUCUCAAAAAAGCACAGACAGAACUCAUGGAUGAGAAGCACCGCGAACGCCUCGAUGAAGCCAUCGCGGACGCGCGCACGCUCCUCAUCCGCGAGAACAAGUGGACGGUCGAUAGUCCCGAGCUGCGGACCGAGCAGUUUGCGAAGGAUUGGAGGGAGAAGUCUAAGCUGGUGAUGAUUGAGAAUGAGCAUAGGAGACGGAGGCAGGUGAAGGCGCAGAUGCAGGAGGAGGGUAGGGAGCAGAAGAAGGCGGAUGAGGAGUUGGAUCUGCGCAAGAGGAAGAGGGAGCAUGAGCAGGAUUGGGAGAGUACGAGGGAGCAGCGGAUUGGGAGUUGGAGGGAUUUCCAGAAGGGCGGCGAGAAGAAGAAGAAGAAGAAGGCGAAGCCUAUUGGUUAG